GUUGCACCGCUAACCCAUCUGACUUCACCAUAUACCAUAAGUUUGCCAGAUUCAUAUUCAGUCUUUUCAGCUUGGAACAUACCAAUAUCACCACCAUGGCUGGAAACAUCGAAGAAGUAUCGACUAUGGAGUGCGGUACCGAACCGCUGAAACGUCAGUUCUUGUUCGAUCCUGCUUACAGGAACCUCAACCAUGGAUCGUUCGGGACUUUCCCUCGUGUCGUCAGGGACGCUUUGCGACACUCCCAAGAUGAGUGCGAGGCAAAACCUGAUGCCUACAUUCGCUACGCCUAUCCAAAAGCGUUAGACGUAUCGAGAGAGGCCGUCGCAAGAUUGAUCAACGCCCCCGUGGACACCUGCGUCUUCGUGCCCAACGCGACUACGGGUGUGAACACGGUCCUGCGCAACCUCAUGUUUGCGGAAGGAGAUGUUAUUCUGUACUUUUCCACCAUUUAUGGUGCAUGUGAGAAGACAGUAAGCUACAUCGUCGAAACUACCUCUGCCGAGGCAGUAAAGAUCGACGAUUAUACCUAUCCAGUUUCAGAUGAUGAUUUGUGUGAUGCAUUUGAGAAGGCAGUGGCUCGGGUCAAAGCCUCCGGUAGGCGGACCAAGGUAGCCAUCUUCGACACGAUCGUAUCCCUUCCUGGUGUGCGAGUCCCUUUCGAGCGUUUGAUCUCUGCAUGUCGCUCUCAUGACAUCCUCUCGCUCGUCGACGGGGCGCACGGGAUCGGUCACAUCCCCCUUGAUCUUACCAAACUUGAUCCGGAUUUCUUCGUUAGUAACUGCCACAAAUGGUUGUAUACGCCAAGGGGGUGUGCAUUGCUCUACGUUCCCGAGCGAAACCAGGGUCUCAUCCGCUCGACCCUGCCAACGAGCCACGGAUUCGAUCCUUUGCCCACUGUUGGGGCGGCUCCAAUCAACAAUCCUCUGCCGCCCAGCGCAAAGAGCGCAUUUAUCGUUAACUUCGAAUUUGUCGGUACGAUUGAUAAUUCACCCUAUACGUCUCUACCUGCCGCUGUCGAAUUUAGGGAAACCAUAACCUGGCAAGACAAGAAUGGUGAAGAUGCAAUCAUCAGUUUCACGCAGAACCAAGCUCGCAAGGCAGGCAAGCUGGUGGCUGAUAUCCUGCAGACAGUAGUCAUGGAAAAUGCGGAAGGUACCCUAGGCAGAUGCAACUUCUCGAAUGUCAAAUUGCCACUUGACCCCACCGCCCUAGCUGGUGGUGAAACCGGCAAGGCAGUGAAAAUUGCCCAAUGGAUCGCCACAACACUGGUCGAACAGUACAACACCUUCAUCGCCAUCAUCUAUUACGGGGACGCUUGGUGGGUCAGGCUCAGCGCUCAGGUGUACCUCACGAUGGAAGAUUGGGAGUGGGCCGGAACCAUCCUGAACGAGAUCUGCGAGAGAGUUCGCAAGGGAGAGGUCUUUGCCGAUGGCAUUGUGGAGCAAGGUACAUAGGCGAGUCACAAGACGCACCCUUGCAGUGCGUCGGGAAGACUUGCCGCCAUGUACUCUGUACCCGAGCAGCCAAGCUGUAUGCAGCAUUCCAUUGUACUCAGAAUUCAUCACAUCAGUCAUUCUCUCACAAUC